UGUGGGUGGAAGCCCCAGGGCUACAGAGAGGCGGCGGGAGCCGAUGUGGAGGAGGUACAGACAGACAGAUGUCUCAUACUGCCCUGUCGGAGGGUAAACCGGACUCCCUGGACUCCUGUCAGCUGGACCGUACCCUAGGCGAACCCCAGGCUGCGCCGGAAUGUGACCCAGACCCAACUCGGGAGUCAGUGCCGCCCGGGUCAGAGCCAGGCCCAUACUGCUGCACGGAGUGCGGCCUCUCGUUCCGCCAGCGCAGCGACCUUCAGCAGCAUGGCCGGGCGCACAGCGAUGGGGGGCCAUUCCCGUGCCCGGUAUGUGGCCGCCGCUUCUCUCGUCCCUCCGCCAUGCGAGCGCACGGGCGCAUCCACACCGCCGAGCGGCCCUACCACUGUCCGCACUGCGCCAAGGCUUUCAAGAGCUCCUCCAACCUGGCCAAGCACCGGCGCAUCCACGGCAGCGAGCGCCGCUUUGAGUGCGAGCGCUGUGCGCGCCGCUUCCUGCACCCGCACCACCUGGCUGCGCACCGGCGCACGCACGCACGCCCCCCGCCGCCGCCACCGCCCUGCGGCCUGUGCGGCCUCCAGCUGCCCACCUCCGUCCUCCUCACCCGCCACCUGCGCUCGCACGCCGGACAGAAGCUUUGCAAGUGCAGUGCCUGCGGCCAGGCCUUCUUCGACUGCCGCCAACUGGAGGAACACCAGCGCCGCGACUGCGGGGGCAUAGUGCCGGGGGAGGGGGGAGACCCAGGCACCAGCGGGCCGGUGUACGAGUGCGGUGAGUGCGGCCGCGCCUUUAAGCUGGCUCGCUUUCUGGAGUCGCACCAGCGCCGGCAUGCCGGGCCGUGGCCCCACCGCUGCGCCGAGUGCGGCAAGGCCUUCAAACAGUACUCCUCGCUGUCCAAGCACCGGGCGUUGCACUCGGGCACCGAGCCCUAUCGCUGCUCCGUCUGCGCCCGCGCCUUCCGGCUGGCGCACAACCUGGCUGUGCACGAGCGCACGCACACCGCCGAGCGGCCCUACCGCUGCCCAGUGUGCGCGGCCGGCUUCCGCCAGCGCUCCACCCUGGUCAAGCACCAGCGCACACACACCGGCGAGCGGCCCUACGCCUGCCCGCUCUGCGGCAAGGCUUUCCGCCAGUCCUCGGCGCUGGCCGUGCACCGGCGUACGCACUCGGCCGAGCGGCCUUACCGCUGCCCGCAGUGCGGCAAGGGCUUCAAGAGCGCCUCUAACCUGCUGGGUCACCGGCGUAUCCACCUUCGCUGACCACCCGGGAAUGCCCCUUCUUCCACCCCUGCCCUAAAUGCCCUUCCCCCCCAUACCACCAGCCAGUGCCCCUUCUGCUCUCUCUAUUCCUGCCCCAAGAGACCCUCCCCAACUCUACAACGCCAGCCUGUGUUCAUCCCCCACCCCUCCGCUCGACCCCCAUGCACUUGCCCCGUCUCACCACUCAAACCCAUUCCCCUCCCUCCGCAUAUCCGUGCCAUCUCACUCAACUCCAACUCUGAGAGCCCUCUCCUCCAGCACCCCCACCUCUUCACUCAUCCACACAAGACCCCCAUCUCCCAUCCUGUUCCCUAUUUCUCUUUCCGCAAAUACUCUUUUCUCCACAGAGCCCCCUCAUCCUCCCUUUCUUCCCCUCACAUUCCCCUUCUCCCCUCGCCUAACCAUCUCUCUCCCCCACACUGUCUCUUCCCCUCCCCCACCCUCUUUCUCUGCCCCUCACCCCCUCUCUCCCUCACCUCCCUCUCCCACUCACCUUCUCUCUCAGUCUUUCUCCUAAAUAGCUACCUGAUUCAUCACCUGCCACCCCGAGAGUUUCCCUUUCCCCUCCUUCCCCCAAAUGCUCCCUCCCUAACCUGUGCCUCCUUCCUCCUCCCCACAAAUGGCUGUUCACCUUCAUCCCCAGGGCCCCUCUCUCCCUGCCCUCUUCACUCUUGCCCCAAGAGCUGACUGCUCCAUCCCAAUUGCCAGUUUCUUUAUCACCUGGAGACCUCGAUCGUAUUUCACCAUCAGGUUUAGUGUGGUUGUAUGUGGGUUCCUCAUGCAGGAAGGAGGCAACUAUGGCGGAAGUCAUGGAGGUGGUUUCCCAGAAAUGAGUGGUUUGGUCAGGAAGCUGGACUUGUUCUUUGACCAGAGAUUCAUAACCUCAUGGACAUUUUUCAGAGAUUAAGUAGGAACUGAUUUCAGCUGCAGAAGAGUUGCUGAAUGCAGACACUGGAUUUAACGUAAAUGGGAAAGGAACAGAAUAUGGAGAUGUGUUGUAGGAAUUUGAAAUGCAUGUCCUGAAAGGGCUGAGAUUUUCAAAGGGGGUAGGUAAUAAUCGGACCACAACUGGGCUGAGAUUUUCAAAGGGGUUAGGUAGUAAUCGGACCACAACUGGGCUGAGAUUUUCAAAGGGGGUUAGGUAAUAAUCAGAGCACAACUGGGUAGCACAGUGUAGAGAGCAGUCCAAGUGUAGAAAGUGAGGGAUUUCUGCUCCAAUAUUGGGAUGAUGAAAAUUGGGAUUAUUUGCCUUGGAGCAAAGGCUGAGAGGAGGUUUGAGGUGGGAUCAUGUGGAGAUUUCAGAUCAAGUAAAUGCAGAGUCAUUGUCAGGAUCUUCAAAUGGGAAUUGACUGAAGUUAUGGUAGAAGAUAUGGGGAAUAGGAUUGGUAGGACUGAGACUGCAUACCUCCAAGGUGUGAAUGAUUUCCCACUACUCUGUGCUUUCAUUUACAGGGAAAGGGUGUGGUAGAAUUUAUUGGAAUUGCCUUCAUAGGCUCAAUGGGCCAAAUGGCUAUUUGUGAGUUACUCAUCCUCCCUCAAAACCUCCAGUUCCCAAUAGAAGGGGCUUCAUUCUGUUGAAUGAGCUGGUGUUGAAAGAUCGGACCAGCAGGUGGGAGCUGGAGCCUUGGGACAGCGAGGGUUGAAGAACAGAUGAGGUUUCAUUUGAACCCGUUGGCUGGUUGGGACAAAGGCAGCAAUGUUGCUGUCCAUUAGGGAGGGAAGAUUUGAGUGUGAGGACAGUUGGGGCAUGAGGAGGUGCUGAAAUGAUAGUUGGGACAUGAGAAGAUUCUGAAAUGACAGCUGGUAUAUUUGCACUCAGCUCCUCUGGGGUAGGAUGGGGUGAGCAGGGUCAUCACGACUGAGCAACACUGAUAAGUGACGGUACUGCACUGCCUUGACCCACCAAAACCGCGGAAGGCCCCACUUCCCGUUGAAGAUGUGCCAACAACUGGCCAGGGCAUUGGAUGGAUGAGGCAGAUGAUUAGCUGAAGUCAGUGGGAUCUCUCCCACUGGACAGAAUGCCGCUGGCCUGAAGCUCGUUUUAAAGGUGUGAUACGUCCUGUUGGAGCCUUGCUCUUGAAAAUUACCACCUGCUCCUCUGCAGGGAGUGCCGUUGUCCGAGUUGUGUGACUUCUGGUGGCCAGAUGAAUCCUUGGUGUUCAUUGCACUCCUGCAAUAAAGCAAGAU